AUGAGUUUUAUUUAUGCACAAGACGAGCCAGAUAAAUCGGUUUCAUUUAUUUCUAAUAUUGACUAUUCUCAACCACGUCGAUCGUCUGCUAACAGUGGACCGAAUCAGAUUAAAUUGGAAAAUUAUACUAACGUCUAUCAGCAAAAUACUUUACCACCUCAAUACUCUGACUACUCAAAAGAUAAUAAUGGUCACCAACCAAAGCCCGAACCUCCAUUGAAAUUUUCUUCGGAACUCCUAGCUCCUUCCAUUCCUGUUUCUUCGCAGCCAUCUCCUAUAAUGCAAAGGUACAUCCCUGAAAUCAAUUCGUGUAUGCCAAUGCUUAUUCCUUCUACUGGUGUCCCUAACAACAGUAUCAGCGGUUUAAAUAAAUCUGAUUUUCGUAAAUCGGAUGGUAUGGUCUCCCAAAAAAAUGAUUAUUGCUUUAACGACAAUGCUUCGAUAUCCCCCGCUUUAUCAUCCACAGAACCUUCCUUUCGAAAAUAUCAGUGCCUUGAUGGUAGUGUAAAUCUUGCACAAUCGGGGCAAUCAGCUAAUGAAAAGCAACAACAGAAUUCUGCUCCUUCUCAAACACAAGGCGCCUUUGUAACUCCUUCACGGGCCUCUGGUACUGUAAGUGAAGCUCUCUUUGUCCAAAUAAUCGUCUCCCGGUGCAAAAGAAUUGCUCCUUUGUGGUUUCGUGGUAUUUCUUCAAUGCGAGAACGUAAUCGUGAGGAGAAUCGGCGCACGUCUACCAACUCUGGACAAACCCAGAACGACUGGAGCAUUAUUGCUGGGAAAAUUCGUUCUCUUGUUUUCCCUAUAUGA